AUGGCUUCGAGGGGACCCCACCCCGCGCUCCUGCUCCCCCUUGUUCUCCUGGCCGCCAGCCUGGCCCAGCUCAGAGAAGGCACCAGCUACUCGCAGUUCUUGAACCAACACAUUGAAUUCCCCAAGAGCAGUGCCUCCAGUGACCAGAACUACUGCAAACUCAUGAUGCAGCGCCAGGGCCUGACCCGCCCUUUCGGUAUAACCGGCGACACCUUCAUCCAAGCCCCCACAAACCAAGUCCAAGGUGUUUGCAGCAGUGGAGGGAAACGGGUCCGCGACAACGUCUACAACAGUAUCGCACGCUUCCACAUCACCACAUGCCGGCUGACAUCCAUUUCCCCACUAGGGCACUGUAUCUACAAGGCUAGAGUCCGGACCCGCAGGAUCCAUGUGACCUGUGCCCAGGGGCAGCCUGCGCACUUAGACAGAGUCCUGUAG